AUGGCUCAACACCACCAGUACGCUCAACCAAAUGCUUUUCCCAGCAUUGUGAACAAUGUGCCUGCUGUGGCCGUACCACCGUCUCCGUCCAAUAUUGGUGCAAUGUCAUACAACCAUAGUAUGAUGGUUGACGAACAAAUGAGCAGUCAAAUGGGUAGUCAAAUGGGCAGUGUAAUCGAUCAGAAUAUCCCUGCGCAAUCUCAAAACGUUGCUGGUAUUGUUCCUACGUUGCAAAAUGCUGAAUAUAAUCCAAAGCGUUUCGCUGCUGUCAUCAUGAGAAUACGAGAACCAAAAACAACUGCCUUAAUUUUCGCUUCUGGCAAGAUGGUCGUUACCGGGGCGAAAUCUGAAGACGAUUCUAAAUUAGCAAGUCGUAAAUACGCUCGUAUUAUUCAAAAACUUGGUUUUAAUGCAAGGUUCACGGAUUUCAAAAUUCAGAAUAUUGUUGGUUCUUGCGAUGUCAAGUUUCCUAUUCGUCUGGAAGGUCUCGCUUACUCUCAUGGACACUUUAGUAGUUAUGAACCUGAAUUAUUCCCUGGCUUGAUUUAUAGAAUGGUUAAACCAAAAAUUGUCUUGUUAAUCUUUGUUUCGGGAAAAAUCGUUCUUACUGGUGCUAAGGUUCGUGAAGAGAUCUAUCAAGCGUUCGAGGCUAUCUAUCCAGUAUUAACUGAAUUUAGAAAGCCAUAA